ACCCUCAUUGCGAAAAUGGCCAAGGGAGAUAAGCCUCGUGGACGUACGUCGGCGUAUGCCUACUUCGUACAGACGUGCCGCGAAGAGUACAAGAAGAUGCACCCGAACGAGAAUGUCGUGUUCGCUGAGUUUUCGAAGAAGUGCGCCGAGCGCUGGAAGACCAUGAACGAGCCCGAGAAGCAGAGAUUCCAGCUCAUGGCUGCCAAGGACAAGAAGCGAUACGAGGACGAGAUGUCGACCUACGUCCCCAAAGAAGCUCCCCGAGGCAAAGCUGCCCGUAAAGAGAAAGACCCCAACGCCCCGAAGAGAGCUCUUUCUGCUUUCUUCCACUUCUGCCAAGAUGAGCGUCCUAAGGUCAGGGCAGAGCUCGGACAGUCUACCGUCGGGGAAGUCGCAAAGCAACUCGGCAAAAAGUGGCAGGAGUGUACCGGAGAACAGAAGAGUAAAUACGAGCAGUUGGCGGCUAAGGACAAGCAGAGGUACGAGCUCGAGAUGGCUGCCUACAAGAACGGUGGCGUCGCUCCCCCGGCGCCACCCAAACGGGACGAAAACAACGAUGAAAUCGAGAGCGAGUGA